AUGGAUAAAUCAAAUAUUAAUGAAGUGAUACAUGAUAAUGAUGAUAAUAAUAAUAAUAAAGAUUAUUUAAUUAAUAAGGUAAAAAAUUCAAAAAAUGAUAUUACAGAAAAAUGUAAAGAAAUGAUAGGAGAAAAAAUAAUUCUUCAUGUACAUGAUGAUGAAAGUAAAGAAUUUACAUCAUUAACUACAUAUCAUGGUAUGGUGAGAAUAUAUAACUCUGCAACAUGGCCAUCAUUAAUUUUCUGGUGUUUAGUUGUUUUAAUAUGUGUUACACUUUUUAUGAUACAUUCAGGAAUGUUAUUAUCAUAUUAUGCUUCACGUCCAACAUUUAUUCAAGAAAAAUUAUGGAAUAGAGCUCAUGUUGAUGUUAAACCUACUAUAACUGUUUGUAAAAAAUAUUUUCAAGAUCCUAUUAAAGUUAAAAAAUAUAAUAUUUCUAAAAAUAAUCAACUAUUCUUAUAUGACAUUGUACAUCAUGAUAGUUUAUUAGAAAGAAAAGAAGAAGAAUAUGAUAAUUGGAUAGAAUUUGAAAAAAAUUUUACAAAUAAUAUGGGUAGUAAUUUUAGUUUAACAAAGUAUCUCUUAGAUACAAGUUAUCAAUGUGAAGAUUUAUUUUCUGGUGCUUGGAUUGGUUCAAAAUAUAAUGAAAAUAUAUGUGCUAAUAAAAGUAAAAAAAUUAUAACUGAUGAUGGUGUUUGUUGGGAGUUAAAUAACAUAAAUGGUGAAAGUAGUAAAAGAUUAAUUUCUUUUAAUGUCAAUAUGCACUCAAAUAAAGAUGAAAUAAUUAUACAAGUUCAUCGUGAAGGAAUUCCCUCUAACGUUCCAGCAAAAGGACUUCGACUUUCUGUAGGUAGAAGAAUGAUUAUAUCUUUAAUUGUAAAAAAUCAAACAUUUUUAAAUUCUAAUAAUUGGGGUAAUUGCCGAGAAAAUGACUUAAAUGAUAGACAUUCUUUAUCAUCAAAAAAAUUCACAGAUAUGGAAGGAUGUAUAAAAAAUUGUAAAAGAAAACAAUAUAUAGAGAAGUGCAAUUGUGUUCCAUUAUCAUACAUCAUGGAUAAUGAUGAAAUAAAUGAAUGUAAUGUUAAAGAAAUGAUAAGUUGUAUUAGGAUAAUGGAGACAGGAAAUCACUUAAAAAAUUGUUUUUGUCCUAUUGAAUGUAGAAGAAUUAUAUAUGAUUAUACUGCUGUUUCGUACACUAAACUUCCAAAUAAUAUGUUAAACUUUGCAUCAAUUGAAAUUAAUUGGGAAAAUUGGUUAACAACAGAAAAUAUACAAACUAAAAGAAUAACAGCUGUAGAUUUAUUAUCAUAUGUUGCUGGAUCAAUGGGUUUAUUUUUAGGAAUGAGUUGUGUAACAUUAUUAGAAAUUUUCAUGUUUCUAUUUAAAUCUGUUUGGGGAACAAUUAAUAAUGCAAGAUAUAAAUAUUAUUAUAAUAAUUUAUUAGAACAAACAUUAGAAAAAUCUUUAGAAAAUUUUGAAGUCGAAAAAAAUUUACAAGAAAAUUGUUGA